AAGCUUUGCCUCCCGAGCUUAUAAUUUAGCAUUGGCAUGUACUCCUGCUAUUCGUAUGGACGGAGGUCAGAUGUGUCACCAAGGGAACACAUUUAAUGUGUGAGGUGGAGGUAGGGUGACCAGACAGCAAGUGUGAAAAAUCGGUACGGAGGUGGAGGGGUAAUAGGUGCCUAUGUAAGAAAAAGCUCCAAAAAUCGGGACUGUCCCUAUAAGAUCGGGACACCUGGUCACCCUAGGUGGAGGGGAGUAGUGGCAGAGGGGUAGCAGGGUGACAUAGAGUUCAGGACGCCUGAAGAAAGCAUCACAAACACUCUUUUAUACACAAUCUGCAGCAUUACCUAUGAGCUGUCCCCAUUGGCUCUUCAUAACAUCGUUGCUUCCAUUCAGACACAUCCCGAGUAGAACGUAUUCGUCAGAAAAGGUCUGUUUUUCUUUCUCUCCCAGGUCACUCAGACGUUUGACAUCACCAUAACCCCAGUGGAUGACUCCUUGCCUGUGGUGCAGAGUCCUGGGAUGCGGGUGCAGGAAGGGGUGAGAAAAACCAUCACGGAGUUUGAGCUGAAAGCCACAGAUGCCGACACGGAGGCCGAAUCGGUUACAUUCACCAUCGUGCAGCCUCCUCGACACGGUCUGAUUGAACGCACCAACGACGGGCAGCACUAUCGCCAGACGGCCACCUUCACGAUGGACGACAUCUACCAGAACCGGGUCUGCUACAGCCAUGACGGCAGCAACUCCCUGAAGGAUCGCUUCACCUUCACAGUGUCUGAUGGGACCAAUCCCUUUUUCAUUGCCGAGGAUGGAGGGAAGGAGGUAAGGGAGAAUGGAGGGGGGAGAGAAAGAGAUUUCCUAGAAGUGAUGUAAACCUCCCUGAAAGUGUCCAGCGGCACUUGGUUGUUGCAUUUGAUACUUUUGGGGCCAAAUCCUCAGCGAGUGUAAAUUGGC